AUGUUCUCUGCCCUGCCCCAUGACUUGUCUCAGAUGGUUCUUGCAGAGGUCUACUCCAUCCAGGAACACCUCCAUGUGGAGCGGACCUGCAGAGAAAGUGCUGAAGCCUUGGCGUCCCAGUUGAACCGACAGAACCGUUCUCUGAAGAGGAAGAGUAUGAUGAUCCUGUCCCACCUGAGUCCAGAGACCAUCAGUGAGAUCAACCUGGACCAAGACCAGGACCAAGAAGAACUGCAAGGAGAUGACGACAUCUGCCUGUCAGCCAAGUGUCAGUCCACCAUUACAGAGCUGAAAAAGGAGUUGGAAAUGGCUCGAAAAGACAAAACUCAGGCAGCGGAGGACGUUGAAGUGGUACGAGAACAACUGAGGGAAACCAGAGAAGAGCUGCUGAAAGAGAAACAGGACAACAGUGAGUUAAGAAGAGAGACGCAGCAGCAGAAGAAGAUCCUGGAGAAGUACGACCGAGUGUCUCAGUUUGCUGUAGAAGAAUACCAGGUUCUCCAGAACUCCUUGGACCUGGAGAAGGACCUGAGGGCAGAAGCAGAGAGCUUUGCCAGACAGAUGAUGGUGGAGCAGAAGAAGUUGAAGCGACAGAGUCAACUCCUGCUGCAGAGCUCCUCCCCCACCCAGGCCCUACAGGACGCCCUGAGCCAGGUGUCUGAACUGACCCAGGACCUGGAGACACAGAGACUGGACCACCUUCACCAGCUGAAGCAGAUGGAGGAUAGACUGAAGCAGAGUGACGCUCAGAAGGAGGUGGACGCUCUGAGACGAACACUGGAGCUGAUGGACCAGGAGACCCAGGACUGGAGACACAAGUGUUCCAAGGCCCAGGAGGAGGUCAAGGAUCUGAGAUAUACAGUUGAAGAACUCCAGAAGAGACUUCAGGCAGUGACCAACCCUCCACCUGCCCCUGCACCUCCUCCUCCUCCUCCACCUCCUCCUCCUCCUCCAGCUCCAUCACCAGUCUCCAACCCCCUCAGCUCCCUCCUCUCACUGAUUCGAAAAAGAAGAGACAUCAGCCCCGACAUUGCACUGGUGGUCCAGGACUCAGCCACACCCCCAGAAGUGGACGUCAGGCAGCAGGCAGUGGAGGAAAUGAUGCAGAGGAUUAAGAAAGGAGUCCAGCUUCGACCUGUUGGCCAGGCACCAAACCGAGGCAGGAGACGGAUGGAGAGGCUGCCCUCCAAGUCAGCCAUUCAGGAACUUCAAGGAAUCCUGGAGAACUUCAACAGAACCUCCCACCAACCAAAGACAGCACCUCCGUCCACUGAUCCAGACCAGGACCCAGACCAGGACCAAGACCAGGACCAAGACCAGGAGCUGCGGAAGAUCCUGUUGAGACGACGAGAUGCUCUGGAGACCCAGCCUUAAGUCUGACCCCCAACCAGUCUGGACCUGGGACUGGACUGGGGGGUUGGACCUGACCUGGGUCUGAGUGUCUGCUGGUCCACAUGUCCAGACCUGGGACUGGACCUGACCUGGGUCUGAGUGUCUGCUGGUCCACAUGUCCAGACCUGGGACUGGACCUGACCUGGGUCUGAGUGUCUGCUGGUCCACAUGUCCAGACCUGGGACUGGACCUGAACUGGGUCUGUGUGUCUGCUGAUCCACAUGUCCAGACCUGGGACUGGACCUGAACUGGGUCUGUGUGUCUGCUG